UGGACACCAUGCCGCGUCCUCUCAGCGUAUGGAGCUGGGCCUCUGUGCAAUGCCUGCUCCUCCAAUCCCUUAUUCACCUUUCAGCCUCCGACCCCUCCAACAUCGACGUGUUCUCCCAGGUGGGGCAGGAGGUCACGCUCCCCUGCCACUGCAGGUCCACCAUAGAUCCAGCCAAGGCCUCCAAGCACCCCUACUUGUGGUGGGAGACCCCCAUGGAGAGUGUCUUUGAGCUGGAGGGGCCCCUCCGUUUCGAGGCGCCCAAAUACAGGGGGCGGGUGGACGUGGGGCUGCAGGGUUUCGAGGAGGAGGGCAACUGCUCUCUGCUCCUGCGUGCCGUACGCUUCUCAGAUGCGGGGCUGUACGAGAGCUUCGUACAGGCAGGAGGCAGGAGGAGGAGGUUCGUCAGGAGCGUGGAGCUCAACGUCAGGGAUCACAAGGACAGCAAAACUCUGGCAGAAGGAGAACGCCUUCAUCUGAAGCUCCACACCACCCAGGAUGUGACCGUGGUGUUCCAGGGGAAGGACGCCAAGGCGGGCGAAAUUUGGCGGAGGUGGGGCGAGGGUGAGGGCAAGGCCGUCGGCGGCAGGCAGGGACGUCUGGUGGAAAGGGAGGGGGCGCUGAUCCUUUCGGAGGUGAAGCUGGAAGAUUCGGGGACCUACAGGGUGCUGGACCCUCAGGGGCUGGCCGUUAGCACUCUUCUCCUCACCGUGGAGCCAGAAGCUGAGCCCAUGCAGCCGGCUGAGAGACAUCAAGGUGAGUGCAAUUUUGUGAGGGGAAACACUUCUUUGAAAAUACUCAUUUCAAGUAAACUAACAUAUCAAUGGUUAAUUAAAGCCCUGGAAAGUAUUCAUGGAAAUAUAUAACCAAUGUAUAUCCAUACCCAAUUUUCAUUGGUUGUUUCCCAGAAAACAUUUGAUGAUUUAUUUUUCACUAUGAUCUGCAUUUUUUAAAACCAUUAAGUAUGCCAUUCUGAUGGCAUAUUAACGUACAGUCGUAUGAAAAGG